GUGGGACUGAGGAGUGUACAAAUGUAAAUGUUUAGUGCAUGAUCCAGGUGGCAUAGACCCCAAGGUGCAGGAGCAACAGUUGAGUCCGGAAGAAGGGCGGGCCACGGGGACUCGGCUCGUAUAAACAUGGCGUUUAAUCCAGUUUAUUGCGCACAGCGUUUGACUGAUUAGUGGAACUUUAAGGAAGUAACUUUACAAGACGUCUCAUCUUCAUAACAGGUGGAAAUAAUAUGACGUCGAAACACCCAACGACCACCAAUUGACGAUGUUUUUUUUUCUUCAACCGUUUGGCUGGAUUUGAUAAUUUCUUAGCUGUUAGCUAACAGGCUAACACACUGACGUCUCUGCAUUAACUUCUGUCAACUUUUCAGCGCUCUUUACUUCUGGACUGCUUGCUUGAUUCGGGGAGCACCGACAUCCGAUCAACCAAGCUUGAUGAAGAUUUUACACACAGACAUAAUGCUCUUUUUAAGCUGAGGACUGGCAAACUUUUCUGAAGCAAUCAUUUGAUGUUUUUCCUCAGUUUACUAUCAACAUCAAGAGGGCGGAAAUAAACAAUGUUUUCAGCAAAACCCAUAAAGCCAACCUUCAAGUCCUAUCUUCCUCCUGUGCAGACAGAGAAGCCCAUUGAUCCGCCCAUUAAAAAGGUGGAGCCCCAGUUACUUUUGGGAGAGAUUGUAGUGAAUGAAGUAAACUUUGUAAGGAAAUGCAUCAGCAAUGAAAAUGGUCAUGAUGAUCUUUGGGGGAAGUUGAUCUGCACCAACUUUAAGGUCUCAUUCAUUCCUCAAGAAGUCUCUGGAAAACCGAGUACACAUCUGUCCCAUCUCUUGCUCGGAGAGCAUGACAUCCCACUGACUUGUUUGGAUCAAGUUGUAACAGUAAAUGACACAAGGGGGAAAAAGAAAGUGUUGGGUUCAAACCAAAAGCUGAAGUUUAAUCCCACUGAGCUCAUCUUGUACUGCAAAGAUUUGAGGAUUAUCAGGUUUUGCUUUGAUGAAGCUGGUCCAGAAAGUGCCAAAAAGGUUUGCCUUGCCAUUGCCCACUAUUCACAUCCAGCCGAUAUCCACCUUUUAUUUGGCUUUGAAUAUCAAGGGCGGCGAUAUCAUGAAGAAAAAGAAACUGAAAUCAAUGGGUCAAUUCCAAGAGUGGGUCAACAGACUGUUGUGUUUGACCGUCCUUCUGAUUGGGAUCGAGAGAUUAAAAGAACAGGAGCUACAGAGUGGAGAGUGUGCGCCAUCAAUGAAUGUUACAGCAUCUCUCAAAGUCUACCUGAGUACAUUGUGGUACCAGCAUCUCUGGCUGAUCAGGAUCUAAGACAGUUGGCGGUCUAUUUCUCUGACAGCCGCAUUCCUCUCUGGUGUUGGAAUCACCCUAAUGGUAGCGCUCUUGUCCGCAUGUCCAACAUUGCGGAUCCAAUACAACAGAAAAAAAUUGAACGGAUUUUAAAUGCCAUCACAAAAAGCCACCCCCAUCACAGUGAGGUUAUAAGAGUAGACCUGGACAAGGGCCUGCCAAACAUCCAAGACAUUCAGAGUGCCUUUUCUAAAAUUAGACAGAUCUGUGUUAUUGAUCCUUUUGAAGAGUCAGAAGAGAGAUGGUUUUCAUGUAUUGAGAACUCACGAUGGCUUGAGUACGUGAGGGCCUUUCUAAAGCAAUCUGCUGAGAUAGUGUACCUCAUGGAAGGAAAGAGUUUUUCUGUUCUCAUUUCAGAGGAAGAAGAUCGAGACUUGAACUGCGUUGUUUCUUCUCUGGUGCAGCUCAUGCUGGACCCUCAAUAUCGCACCAUCUCAGGCUUUCAAAGCUUGGUGCAGAAAGAAUGGGUGAUGGCAGGCCAUCGCUUCUUGGAUCGAUGCAACCACUUAAAAAAGAAUGACAAGGAAGAGUGUCCGUUGUUCUUGCUUUUCUUGGACUGUGUAUGGCAAAUGAUUAACCAGUAUCCAGCUGCAUUUGAAUUUACGGAGACCUACUUGACUGUGUUAACCGACAGCAUGUGGAUUCCACUCUUUAGUACCUUUCUAUUCAACUCAUGUCUUCAGCGUACAAGACAUUUAUUGGAUUUUGCCAAAACAAAGGCUAUUCCUCCAGGGGAAGAACAAAGUGUUUAUUUCCCACCAGUUUGGGAAUGGUCACAACAGUUCACUGCCAAAGAACAAACUCUUUUUAACAACCCUAUGUAUGUAGGAAAACGCGCCGUGUGUGUUCACAACGGGGAAGUCAAAACUUUCAGACGCACAAAGAAAGUGUACAGUGCCUCCGUAAAAGGAAUCCUAAUGUCUGUGGCAAAUGGACUCAAAGAUGGAGAGGGAACAUUUGGUCGCCGUGCAUCUUUUAUGUCUGAGCUGAAGCCGGAGUUCUCACCAGUGAAAGAUGUGGUCGAAAGCCCAUCAGAGCUUUAUUUCAGAGACUGGUUUUCUCGAACUGUUGACCUGCAGGGGCUGUUACUUCCCAUGAUUUUGCCCUCACAUAUAGCUCUCUGGAAGCUCUUUUUUUUACGGUGGGUUCCUGAAGCCUGCAUUCCAAAAGGGGGUUCCAUAACAACAUACCACAAGCUCUGCCAAUUGGUUGAUGAAAUUGAAAUGCUGCAGUGUAAGCUUAGGCAGUACAAAGGGCCAAGUCCUGGUGUCACUCCAGAGCCGAGCCUCAGUAAGCCACAUUCAGAGCAGAGACGUAUGUAUUUUAAUGCUGGCUCCUCAGAUGAGCCCCACUCACUUCCUGACUUUCUUACCUCAUCAUUUCCCUUUACCCCAGUGGGGAACUUGUGCCGUCGUAGCACCCUUGGGACUCCCAUAAGCAAGUUUCUGAAUGGUGCAAAGAUAUGGCUUUCCACAGAAACUCUUAAUGAUACAGUCUGAUUAUCCAGUUUGCAUGACCUGUUAGCUCAGUCAUGUGUCAAUCGGUAUGUAACGAUUCAUAAUUUUAUUGACAAAAAAUGUGUUAUAACUAGUAGUGAAUUAAUGCAAUUUAAAAAGAAAAUUUGAUCCAUAUUCAACACCAUUACCAUUGCAUUUACAUUCUGCUUCUGAAAGUUGUUGAUAGGCACAUAGUGGCACAACACUGUGGUUAAUUUAGGUUAAACAAAGUAAAAUAAAUCACUCAAACUAACUUCAGAACGAGUAAUAUGUAAAUAUAAAAUUUGGUGGCACAGUGUACUGUAAAAUAAGCCUUGGAUUGAUUGCAGUGGGAUGUUUGAUGUAUCUUUAAAUUAAAUGCUUGCAAACAUGUAUAAUUUUAGGUUUAUAAUAUACAUAGGAAGUGCUACCUUUAAGAAUUGCCUGUGGUUGACAUUUCCUCUUUUCUUCUGAGCUGGUUUACAAAAAGCAUUUGGGACCAAAAAACUCUGCAGCAUAUAUUUACAUCAUAUUGCCAGCAGCAUUAUUUUUUGGGGAAUUUAGGUUUUAAGAUAAACAAUUUAAUUAGGGAAACACAGGUGAUACACUGUAUUAUUGUGGGGUUUAUAGUUAUUCCAGGAGUAGUCUAUUAGGAAAUAUAAUUAAGUUUAUUUUUCUCUAAAUUAACUUUAACUUCAUCUUUUAGUGCAACAAGUGAAACUAAAUAUGACUGUACUGAAAUAAGAAAAGAUGAAUUUAUAUUUUUAUAGCUUCAAAUUAUGUUUUGUUAGACACUGCUAUGCAAACAUAAUGUGUGUGUGUGUGUGUGUGUGUAUAUACAUAUAUAAGGAAAUAGUUGUUAAUAAAAUUCUGUGCAUUCUUGUUUGUUGAAAAAUGUUACAACACCAGCUCUUUCAAUGCUUUCUAUUGCACAUUCUGAUUUAUUAAUUUGAUUAUUGUUAAAUAUUAAUUGUGGAAAGUCCAUUUUCAAUGAGUGUGUUUGAAAUCUAUGAAUCUUGUGAAUGGUACUAAUCUAAUGGUUGAUUUACCCUUUUCCUCAAGCAAUACGCUAUUUAUUAGAUGCUUUCUCAUCAUUAACAGUGUCUUUUGGAAUUAUUCUAA